CACCGGUGCUCUCAACGUUUGAAAAUUCUCUCUACAGUUCAUCAUUUGUACACUUGAAUAAGUACAAACGGAGCCCCCCCACAUUAUUCCAUGUUUUUGGUUACAACGGAAUUUACGGGAAUUAGUAUAAUUAGUUGUUACCCUCAUCGUGUUUGAUGAACGUGAACGGGAAUUAAUAUAUUGUUUAUCUAAGUGAUAGAGAAGAGGAGAUAGAUAUUAUAAUGACUCAGACAAUUGUGGAAGCCGAUACCGCUGGUGUAGUUAGAAAACUAGCUCAAAUUAUUGAAGAAAGUGCUAAUAAUGCAAUUAGGGACAAUGAAAUAUUCAAACUUGGUUUAUCAGGUGGAUCCCUAGUCAAAUUUUUAUCAGACGGAUUACCCGCAAUAACAACUGAUUGGAGCAAAUGGCGUUUCUUUUUUUGCGAUGAAAGAGUUGUGCCAUUUGACCAUGAGGAUUCAACGUUUGGUGUCUACAAAGCCAAUCUCAUCGGCAAAAUUCCCAUAACUGAGGAUCAAUUCAUUACAAUCGACUCGGAUUUUUCGGCUGUAGAGGCUGCGAACGAUUACAUAAAGAAGAUGGCAGUUUAUUUUCCUCCGGACAGUUUACCAAGGUUCGACUUGCUGUUGCUGGGAAUGGGUCCGGAUGGUCACACUUGUUCGCUCUUUCCUGGCCAUCGACUCCUCGAAGAAACUAGUCGAUGGGUCUGCCCAAUCAAUGAUUCCCCAAAACCGCCUCCCUCGAGGAUUACCCUGACCUUUUCGGUCAUCAACAAUGCUAAAGCAUGUAUAUUUGCUAUUACCGGAGCUAGCAAAGCAGAUAUGGUCAAGCGGAUACUAAAGGAUAAAGAGAAUCUUCCUGCUAGUCGGGUUCAACCAACCAAUGGGAAAUUGUACUGGAUCCUAGAUCAGGCAGCAGCUGGUAACUUAACCGCUAGUGAGACUGGCUAAGUGACUAUUUUUUACUUGUACUUACACUCUAUUUUUGUUUCUUGUACAACGACAUUCCUAACGUAGUUUCUCUCUUUGUAAUGUUUAUUAUUCACUCUAUAAAAUCGUGCAAUUUAAGACGUAUUACUCAGGUAAACAAUUUAAAAUGCUGAACUCUCAUUUCUUUCUGUUAAAAAAAAACAUCUGGAUGCAUGUACAUACGAAUACUUGUGAUAAAUACAAUUUAAGUAGUCAAAAAUUCUGUACGAUAUUAAAUAUAUGUUGAGUAAUACAACAA